CGGGCUUCUGCUCGCAGGAGAAAGCCUUCUUUUUCUCUCUCUUCUCCUCUCUUUCUAUAAUCUCUCCUACUUUCUGGAGCUAUUCUCUUCCCCAUAAUGGGGGAAGAAGAAGUAGUUGAGGGGGUUGUGUUGAAAAUAGAGAUGGGGAAUGAUGAGAAGGAGAACACCAUGAGAGAAAGAGAAAGGGAGGAAGGAGUAGAAGAACAGAUGGGCAAAGAGCAGCAGCCCAUAAGCACACACUUGAACAGGAUUGACUCUCUUGACAAAGAGGCUAACCGGGUCUCCGGCAUGCCCGCCUCUUCUAAAGUCCUUUCAAUGGCCGUCGUAAUGCAGCUGGCUUUUCAAAGCAUCGGAGUGGUGUACGGGGACAUUGGAACGUCGCCAUUGUAUGUGUUUGCAAGCACAUUUGCAGACAGGGUACCGAGCAACGAUGACAUAGUUGGAGCUCUAUCUCUCAUCAUAUAUUCUCUCACCCUCUUUCCCCUCAUCAAAUAUGUCUUCAUUGUCCUCUGGGCCAAUGACAAUGGAGAUGGUGGAACCUUCGCGAUGUAUUCCUUGAUAUGUAGACAUUCCAAGGUGAGCGCGAUUCCAAACCGGCAAGCAGAAGACAUGGAUCUCUCUGCUUAUAAGCUGCAGAUACUCAACAGGCACCUAAAGAGAGCUGAGAAGAUAAAACAGGCCUUGGAGAAGAGCAGUUGGGCUAAAACUGGCCUUCUGUCUUUGGCCCUUCUUGGAACAUGCAUGGUCAUUGGUGAUGGCAUCCUAACUCCUUGUAUUUCAGUUCUCUCAGCAAUAGAUGGAGUGAGGAAAAUUGAUGCAGGACUAAGCAAUGAUGUUAUUGCGAUGAUAUCGGUGGCCAUACUGGUGGCUCUUUUUGCCAUUCAAAGGUUCGGGACCGACAAAGUGGGGUACACAUUUGCCCCUUUGAUCGUUACGUGGUACUUGUUCAUAGGGACCAUCGGAAUCUUCAAUUUCAUGAGGCAUGAUUCAACAGUAUUAAAGGCUUUCAACCCCAUCUACAUCAUCUCAUACUUCAGGAGGGAUCCUAAGGAGGCCUGGAUCUCUCUUGGAGGAGUUGUGCUCUGCAUGACAGGAACUGAGGCCAUGUUUGCUGAUCUUGGUCACUUCUCAGUUAGAUCGAUUCAGAUUGCAUUCGCUGGAUUGAUAUACCCUUGCUUAAUUUGCGCUUAUGUGGGACAAGCUGCCUACCUCUCUAAUGUUCCAACUGACGUAUCGGAUGCCUUUUACAAGUCUACUCCUGAAUGUGUGUACUGGCCAAUGUUCGCUGUCGCCGUCUUGGCAUCAAUCAUCGCAAGUCAAGCCAUGAUCUCUGCCACAUUUGCAAUAGUGAAGCAGUCCAUGGCUUUGGGCUGCUUCCCUCGAGUGCGAGUCAUCCACACCUCCCACAAGCAUGAAGGCCAGGUCUACAUUCCUGAGAUAAAUUUCCUCCUAAUGUUUGCCUGCGUCAUGGUCACCGCCUCCUUCAAAGAGACGACUAAAAUUGGAAAUGCUUAUGGGAUUGCAGUGGUUGCAGUGAUGAUCGUUACAUCCUCCCUUCUCGUCCUAAUAAUGCUGAUGAUAUGGCAAACCAGCCUUAUGCUUGUGGCCCUAUUUGUUCUUGUGUUUUUCUCCUUUGAGUUCCUCUACUUCUCUUCAGUGCUCUACAAAUUCAGCAAAGGGGGUUACCUUCCGCUCUCCUUUGCUGCAAUGCUCUUCUUCGUCAUGUAUGUGUGGCAUUACGUGCAGUCGAGGCGUCAUGCAUUUGAAGUAGAACAAAAGGUCUCGACCCAAUACCUGCACAACCUCGGUUCCAACCUCGGUAUCUCACGGGUGCCCGGCGUCGGGCUCCUCUAUACCGAGCUGACCCGGGGGAUCCCUGCCAUAUUUCCUCACUUCCUUACCAACCUACCGGCAAUUCACUCUGUGCUGAUAUUUGUCUCGGUCAAGUACCUGCCUGUGAACAGGGUCAUGGCCGACGAGCGGUUCUUGCUGAGAAGAGUGGGACCUAAAGACUACAAGAUGUAUCGUUGUAUUGUGAGGUAUGGAUACCGAGAUCGACGUGUAGGGAAUGAGGAGUUUGAGCGCCUGCUCAUGGAGCAUCUCAAGUCACUCAUUCGGAUGGAGAAUUGGAAAGAAGAUGGCAAAGGAAAUGCAGAGGCAGAGGAGGAGAUCAGGUUCUUGGAGAGUUCCUGGACCUCAGGAGUGGUGUACUUGUUGGGUCACAGUGAGGUGAAAGCUAGUGAGGAUUCGGGAUUGUUAAAGAGGGUGGUUGUCAACUACGUAUAUGAUUUCUUGAGGAGGAAUUUCAGGCAGGGAUUCGUCGAUCUGCAGAUACCCAACAAGAACUUGCUGCAAGUAGGCAUGAAUUACUACAUUUGAUGAAACUGAUCAUCCUGCAAGAAGAUUCGAGCCAACUCUCAGGCAUCGUAACGCUUUUUGACAACAUCAAUGCUGACUGCAGUGUAAGUAAUCACUGUGAUGCUGCAUGCAGCUUGAACCAAAACUGUGGCUUCCUUUGUAUAGAUAGAGACAGUAUGAAUGGCAAAACUUAAUGUAAACCAGGUAGCAUGAACCUGCAGUUCAAAUAUAUGAGAUACAGCAGUUGCAGUGUACACCUCAUAGGGCUAAGUUAGCUAAUAUAAUGCAAUAGAGUUCAGUUUA